AUGUCAAACAAAUUCAAUAUGCACAAGAUCCAGCGCCAAGCGCGACAAGAAGCUUGGUAUGGCGAUUCUUGGAACCCCUUCAAGAAGACCGGCAGCAGAUCCAAGACCUGGGCUGCCUCGCGGAACAAUGAUCUCGAGGCUGCAGGAUCGACUAGGGGUAUCGAUGAUAUUCACAAAUCGCCACUAGCCGCCACCCAAACCGAGCCUAUAUUCCACUCGAGACAACCCAGCGAAGGCACGGAACACGAUACUAUUCAGAGGGGUUCGAAGGAUAAAGAGUAUGAGAUGACUAGGGCUCCCCCUGCAGAGUCAAAUGGGAAGGUCACGGAAGAAGAUAGCGAGGAGACGGUGGUGGAUCGUCAAUCGACAAGACCCAGAAGCGAGGAGGAGAAGGCACGAAGGAGAUUCCUUGGUCGAUUCUCAAAGAAGGGCAAGAGCGGGCAGGUCACAGACGGAGAGGAUCCAGAGAAGAAGAGAACUUGGUACAAGGGGAAGGUUUUGCCUCACAAGGAGCCUUUUACUCUGCGAAACCAGGUCCAACGGACCCUUUUUAACUCUUGGAUCAAUAUCCUGCUUCUGGCUGCGCCAGUCGGAAUCGCAAUCAACUAUGCGGGAGUCGACAAGAAGGCAGUGUUCGUGGUCAACUUCAUUGCUAUCAUUCCGCUCGCGGCUCUGCUGAGUUUUGCUACUGAGGAGAUUGCUCUGCACGUUGGAGAGAGUCUCGGAGGUCUUUUGAAUGCUUCUUUUGGAAACGCCGUCGAAAUGAUCGUGGCAAUUAUCGCUCUGGCCAAGAAAGAAGUAGUCGUCGUCCAGACCUCGCUUAUCGGCUCUAUCCUCUCCAAUCUCCUCCUCGUUAUGGGCAUGUGUUUCUUCUUAGGGGGUCUCCGCCGCGAAGAGCAAUUCUUUAACAUCACCGUUGCCCAGACCGCUGCCUCGCUCCUCGCUCUGGCUGUUGGCGGUGUCAUCAUCCCCACCUGCUUUGACAAGUUUGGCGUCACAGCACCCGUUGCCGACGUGGCUGCGCUGUCUCGUGGAACUGCCAUUAUCCUACUGGUUGUGUAUGUCAGCUACUUGUAUUUCCAGCUCAAGACCCAUGCAACUAUGUUCAACGAGGAGAGCCAGAAAGUCGCCGCGAGACCGCGCAAGCAUGCCAUUCCUAAGGGUGCUAUCUCUAAGAGCAUUGCCAAGGCAGGGGGUGUUGGAGCAGGUAUUGGCCGCACCACGCUCCCGAACCGCCCGCCCAAUGACGAACUCAUCAACACGACCGCCUACGAGGACGCAGACGACGAGGACGAUGAGCCCCAAUUGCACAUCCUCACUGCAUGGGCCACGCUCGCUGGUGCAACAGCCAUCAUCGGUCUAUGCGCUGAGUUUAUGGUGGAUUCUAUCGGCGCCAUUACCCAGUCUGGAGCCAUCUCCGUCGAGUUCGUUGGUCUUAUCCUCUUGCCAAUCGUCGGAAACGCUGCAGAACACGCCACUGCCGUUACUGUCGCCAUCAAGGACAAAAUGGAUCUGGCUAUUGGUGUUGCAGUCGGCUCUUCUAUGCAAGUCUCGCUGUUCCUGAUUCCAUUGCUCGUGAUCAUCGGGUGGAUCAUGGGACAGGAUGCAAUGAAUCUGAGCUUUGAUGGGUUCCAGGUUGCAGUUUUGUUCGUUGCUGUUCUGCUUGUCAACUACUUGAUUGCGGAUGGAAAAUCGCAUUGGCUCGAGGGUCUGCUGUUGAUGUGCCUCUAUAUCAUCAUCGCGGUUUGUGCUUGGUACUACCCUCAGACUGAUGCGGCCGGAAACCCCGUUACAGUUGUGGGCUGA